AUGUCCGUCCAGAACUAUAAGCACAACGGCGAGAAGCCGCUCAAUCGCGAGCCUCCUCUUGAGAAAUUAAUCUCCAAUUUCAUCACCACCGAAGAUGGCUACGAUCGCAACCAUGGCCCGAUUCCUAUUAUCGACGCCAAAGUCCACCGCGUCACUGUCGAUGGCGCUGUCCGCACUCGUCUCUCCCUCUCCCUCCAGGAUCUCAAAUCGCUCCCGCAGUACACCGUCAUUUGCGCUCUACAGUGUGCCGGCAACCGGCGGCACACAAUGCGCACCGAGAUCAAGGAGGUUAGCGGUAUCGACUGGUUCGACGGUGCCGUCAUGAACUGCAAGUGGCGCGGCCCACUUUUGCGCGAAGUAUUGAUGCAGGCUGGCGGCACCGAGAUUGAAGAAGCGGACGCACACGUCGCGUUCGCGUGUCACCAAAAUCCGUGCGAAGAUGAUGAAUGGUACGGCGCGAGCAUUCCUCUAGCAAGGGCGAUGAGCAAAGAUGCAGAUGUGCUUGUUGCCUUGGAGAUGAAUGACGCCCCCCUCACACCCAAGCAUGGCUAUCCCGUCCGCGUCAUCACACCCGGCAUCGCCGGUGCUCGUUCUGUCAAAUGGCUCGAUCGAAUCACGGUCCAACGCUCCGAAUCGCCCAACUAUUAUCAGCAGCGCGACUACAAGAUUCUACCUCCCAAUAUCGACUCCCCCGAGAAGGCCGACCGUGACGACGCCUGGGAUCACGUUCCCGCCAUCCAGGAUAUGCCUGUCAAUUCGGUAAUCGGUGUUCCUACAGCCAACACGAAGGUGGAGAGGGAUGCGGCGGGCGCAAUUGAUGUGAAAGGAUACGCGCUUCCUGCUGGGAGCUCAGGGCCGGUAACCAAGGUCGAGGUGAGCGGCGAUGGAGGAAGGACGUGGCAGGAUGCGGAGCUGCUAGGGGAUGAGCAUCACGAGGAGAACGGAACGAGCUUGAAAUGGGCGUGGCGCUUGUGGAGGACGACGAUAAAGAUGGAGGAAGGUAAAGGAAGAACGCUGCUCAGCCGUGCUACUGACAAGGGUGGGAACAUGCAGGAGAAAAGGUCCCCGUGGAACUUAAGAGGAUGUGCCUACAAUGGAUACGGAGAGGUCAGGGGUCUGGAGAUUGUUUGA